AAUUUACGUCUUUUCUAUUGCAAUUACUCAUUCUGACUACAGCAAUGACUCACGACGAAGAGAGCCCUGUCAGCCUACGGUGGGGCUGCCUGGGAGGCGGUGGGGCCUUAAAAGAGAGGCAUCGACGGCGGGGUUUUGCCGCAUCGCAACUCUUUCGCCAGCCAUUCUCUCCUCCGACAAUCUCGCGUUUCGUGCCAGAAUGGUCGCGCAAACCCCCGCCGUGGAGGAUCUCCUGAAGAGACAAUUAUAUAGUAUGUUCUUCUCGCGGAGAGCGCUCUGGAAGAUUAUGACUCGACAUCGAUCGCUAACGUGUCUCGCUGCUUAGUUUAUGAUCUCCCCCAGGAACUUCUCUCGACAUUGACGACGAAAACCGAAUACCAGCCGACGGCCGUCCCCGAGACCAAGGAAGAAGAGCGACCGGAAACACCCCAGGAACAUGCGGUCGCGACGUCCACCUUGUGCUCCCUCUGCAAGGUGUCGUACCUGAAUGUGCAGGAGCAGCGCGAUCAUGCGCGGUCGGAUCACCAUAAAUACAACCUGAGGGCGCAGCUGAGAGGGAAUCCCACCCUGGACGAGGUCCAAUUUACCAAGGCUAUUGGUGAACUGGACGAAUCGAUAUCCGGGUCCGAGUCGUCAGAACCAGAGGAUGAAAAGGACGAAGGACAACUCGCAGCCUUGCUGAAAAGGCAGGCCAAGAUAUCGCAAGCAGCCGAGGAUGCCGAAGACGAGGAUUCGCCGAGACAGAAGACUGCUGGAAAGCAUCCUCUGCUCUGGUUUUCGAGUUCCAUUCUGCCGUCCAACACCUCUCUGGGAAUUUACAGGGCCAUGUUUUCGACCGUCGAGCAGGAUGAACCUGGGCACCUUGUCGAUACCCUGCGAAAGAAACAAAUCGCUCCGAUCCAAGCACCAACUAGCGGACAAGCGCCGAAGCCAUCCGUAUCCUCCAGCCCGCACAUUUUCAUGUGCAUGAUUGGCGGUGGUCAUUUUGCCGCAAUGCUCGUGUCCUUGGCCCCAGAAGUCCAUCGAAAGCAGGGCGGUUUCGAAGAAAGGCAGGCUCGUGUGAUUGCGCACAAAACAUUCCAUCGCUACACGACUCGACGAAAACAGGGUGGAUCGCAGUCUGCCAGUGACGCGUCUAGAGGGGCUGCUCACUCGGCCGGUUCCAGCCUGCGUAGAUACAACGAGGCUGCCCAUGAGAAGGAGGUUAGAGAGCUGCUAGUGGACUGGAAACAAAUGAUCGAUAGCGCCGAAUUGUUGUUUGUCCGGGCCACCGGUAGUACCAAUCGGAGGAUUCUCUUCGGCCAAUACGAUGGCCAAGUCAUGAAGCACAAUGACCCAAGGAUAAGAGGAUUUCCGUUCAGCACUCGCCGUGCUACCCAGGCAGAGCUUCUGAGAUGCUUCAAGGAGCUCACCCGUGUGAAGGUCAGCCAGGUUGACGAGGCAGCGCUUGCCGCGGCCGAGGCCAAGCAACGAGAGGAGGCAUCGAAGCCCUCAACUCCUAAACCGCAACCACAGAAACCGAAACUUUCCAAGGAGGACGAGGCUGCCAUUCUUCACACGACCCAAAUACAAGCUCUUAUCCGCCGUUCUAAGAUCCCAGCUUUAAUCUCCUACCUAUCCAAGAACUCGAUCCCCCCCUCCUUUACCUUCCUCCCAUCCGACUCCCAACAAAACUUCCGUUGUCCGACCCCUCUUCAUCUUGCUGCCAAUACAGACUCACCGUCAAUGGUCUUGGCUCUUUUGACGAAAGUUGGCGCUGAUCCGACGGCAGUCAAUACAGAAGGACGAACGCCGUUCGAACUUGCCGGAGACCGAGCCACUCGUGAUGCCUUCCGCGUCGCCCGGCACGAACUCGGCGAAUCCAAGUGGAACUGGGACGCUUCCAAAGUGCCUUCCGCAAUCUCGAAAACUGAAGCCGAUGGUCGGAACGAACGGGAACGGAAAACAGCAGAAGAAGAAGAAUCUAAUCGGCGGAAGGCAGAAAUGGAUCGCCUUAAGAAAGAAGACGCUGCCCGAGAAGUCUCGCAAGCCGCAAAGAAAGGCGGUCGGGCAUUGGGGGCCGUUGAGAAGACAGCACAAGAAAAGAGAGAAGAAGAGAUGCGAGGGAUGACGCCGGAAAUGCGAAUGCGACUGGAGAGAGAGCGUCGCGCAAGAGCAGCUGAAGAACGUAUUCGGCGGAUGCAAGGGAACUAAGAGGCCCCUGCCGAAAGAUUUAUCAUAAUGUAACAAUGAGAGAUGACUAUUAAUGUCACUAUGAAUGGAUAGAAAUCAGUGAAAGACUAUUAAUGACAGCAUUCAGUCGUACAAUUGUACAUUGUUGUGGUUGAGUCGAAGAUAGGCAACAGCAGGUGACCGGCCCCGUCUAGUACUUCCUCUCGCUGCCCUUGCCCUUCACGACUUUGACCUCUUCCAACUCUUUACUCAUCUCGCAAAAUCAUCAUUAUCUCAAUUCGUCGCUUUCCCUUCACAUUUCAUCUUAUACUCCAGUACGGUAUCGAUACCUUUAUCACUACAAACCGCCAUCUGCUCCACAAUGACCACUCGCCCUCAACCCUUUGAAUCUUCCAACUUCCUCUAUAUUGGUACCUUAUCAAGAUGGGAUCCAUUUACAAGGAAGUCCAUCCACCCAUUGCCCAUGUACAGUGACCAGGAGAUAUACGUUGGUCGUGAUCCAAGUUGCUGGUAUGCUUGCCUCGAGACGAUCUUACCUCUUCCUUGUUGCUGACAUCUUCCAAGCAUAUUUUACUUGCCCGAUAAGUACGUCUCUAGGAAGCAUAUCCACAUCUAUGCAGUUGUAUUUGAUCGAGACAAUCCACAAGAAGUCGCACCGUUGGUUUACGCCCAGGAUCUAUCGCAAAAUGGUACCCUGU